AUGGCGGCCAGCAGAAAACAGUUAGAGGCGGAAAUUAAUGAAAAGCCUAAAAUUAUGAACGAUGAUUUUAGGGAAGAGUUACUCCAUGAACUCAACGAACUCAGAGAAUCGAAUUCUCUCUGUGAUACAACAAUUCGAGCCCAAGGAAAGGAUUUCCCAGCCCACAGAUGUGUUCUGUCAGCUGCAAGCCUUUACUUCCGGGCCAUAUUUAAAUGUGAAUUGAAGGAAAAAGAAAGUAACCUUGUCGAGUUAAAAGAGAUGAAAUCUACCACGAUUAGCGAUGUUCUUCAUUAUAUUUAUACCGGUGAAACAACAAUCGACUCUUCCAACGUGGAAGAUUUGGUCGUGGUCGCCGACUAUUUGAUAAUUCCAAGUUUAAAAAAGGAAGCUGCAGUUUUCCUCCAGAACGAAAUGAUGAAUGUUUCCACUUGUUUGGCUUUAGAAUUGUUCGCUUCUCAGUACGAUUGCGAACAACUAAGGCAAGCCGCAGUUUCUUUCCAAGCUGAGAAUUUUGUAGACGUGUCUAGAUCUGAAGAUUUCGUUUUACUUGAUUUAAAGAAAGUACAAGAACUGAUUUGCAUGGACGAGAUAAACGUGGCUGAAGAAGAGGAAGUGUAUGAAGCGGUGAUGGCUUGGGUGAAACAUGAUCUACUAUCCAGGGAGUGCACCCUUCCAGAAUUGUUGAAAUCAGUUAGAUUGUUUUCAAUGUCAAAAUCCAGUCUUCGGAGAAUACUUGAUCAAGAGCUGGUUUCCAAAAGUCUUGCAUGUACGAGGAUCGUGCGGAAUGCGUUGGAUUUGUUCCUGUUCCCGGUGCUCUCGCAGGACAUUUCACUCAAACCUCGCCCGUCAUUAAAUAAUUAUGAAGAUGUAGUGGUACUCACAGGCUAUGACUUUACACUUGAUGAAAAUGAUGACAACAAAGUUAAUUGUUUUGUUCUCGGUACUAUGACCUGGGAGUCUCUCCCCACGAUACCUUUCAACAACGAACAUCACGAUGCAGCUGUGUGCGGAGGACUCUUGUACGCAGUAGGAGAUUUUGACUCGACUUCAGUAAGUUGUUUCAACCCAAAGCUAAAUCAGUGGAGCACUCUUGAUACAAAAUUAAAAUGCAAAGAGUGUACAAUCACACAUUUUGAUAAUGAGCUCUUUGUGAUAGGUGGUGAGGAUUCUUGGCGUGAUGUUCAAAUAUACAAUCCAGUUCUUCAAGAGUGGAGACAAGGAGCAUCAAUGGAAGCUGCUCGUGCAGGACAUAAUGCAGUUUUACUUCAAGGACAUAUUUAUGUCAUUGCUGGUCACAAUGGUGAGUACUGUCAGAACAGUGCAGAGUGUUACAAUCCAUUAACUGACCAAUGGGCUGAGAUUUCAAGUAUGUCUGAUGUUCGAAGGUCAGCUGCUGCUGUGGCAGUUGGUGGUAAGAUUUUAGUUGUUGGAGGAUUUGUUGACAUGUCAGUUGCCAUUAUAGAAUCUUCCUGUGAAAUAUUUGAUCCAAGUGUCAAACCAGUGGAGUCUGGUACCUAGUCUAAGUAUUCCUCGUGCUAGAAGUGGUAUUGUGGGUGUAGGAGACACUGUUUAUUUAUUUGGAGGUGAGGAUGAAGAGGAAAUGAGGUGUGAAGUGCAAUAUUUUGAUUCAAAAACAAGUAAGUGGAAUGAAAUAUCAUAUAUUCCAAAUUAUCCUUUAACAGGCCUACGAGCAUCUUUGCUUAAAUUUCCCAAACAUUUUAUGGAAAAUAAUAACUGAAAUCACAUCUUGAAAGGGUUGAAGAGUUUCUCAGUUUUUUUCUAGAAAUUCCAAUAAAAGUCAAUGACAGAGAAGGGUCAGGGAAAUAAUUGCUCUGAUCACUUUACCUGUACAACAUAAUUAAUAUAUACUGUAUCAAAUGGCAAUUAUGAUAAAGUUUUUCAUUUGAGGUGGUAUUUUGAAGGAAGUAUUUCAGGGUAUAGUUUACUGGAUAUUGACAUUUUUGUUACCAGCUGUGUCAUAAGUCAGUUUUGCAGCUCAUUAAUGUGAAAUGUUAGAGUAGGCUUGAUUGAUUGAUUGAUGGAUGAAAUAACCAACAUUUUCUUCAGAACAAAGACAUGUGACUAAAAAUAUGUUCCCUUUGGGUGCAAACAGGACUUGAUUGAUUUUCAAAACCCUCUGAGGGUUUAGUUUAUUACUGUUCAGCAUGUAAUGUGCAGGUCUUAGUAAAAAAAAUUGUUAAUUUAACAAAAAAUGCAGGAAGGAAUUGCAUACCUUACCAGGUUUUGAUCAAGUUCCUUUUAAAUGAGGUUUGGAAGUCCAUUUGUUUCACUAUUAGAACAAGACUUGAAGGGAUGUCCCUCAAUCUUUAGAUGUUUGGCAGCAAACAUGUCAUGUGCAUCCAGUAAGAACUUUUUUCUCUGUUAUCCGCCCAAAUUUCUCCAAUGAAAAUGAUAAUAUUUAUUGUUUUAAACUAUUUUUAUAAUACUAGGGUUGUGCCCUAGCAAAGCCAUGGUGCUAUGUCAACUAAAUUUAGUCUUUGGGUGAAUUGUGUAACUAUGUUUUGUGUUGUGUUUUGGAUAAAGAAUGGUGCCUUAAAAAAGGAAACAGACCAUUAAUUAAAACAAACUACUGAACUAUCAUGUACAGCUAAGUUAUGUAAUAUAGUGAACCAAAAUUUGAUUACAAUGAAUCCUACACAAAUGAAUGGAGUAAUUAACAAUAAGUUUAGUUUCUAUUUACAAUUAACCCUCUAAUUCCCAUGAAUGACCAAGAGAGAAUUUCUCCUUACCAUAUCAGAUCUAUACAAUAUCAAUCAGAUAUUAAGUGAUGAGAAUAAAGAAAAUUAUAAAUUAGGGGAUAAUUAGUUGAUCCAAUACUAAAUUCUCUGAACUAACAUUAUAAGAAUUGUACGGUUGACAAUAAGGAGAAUUACAAAUUUGAUGUGGGAUUUAAAGGGUUAACAACAGAUUUUGAUUCAAGAAAGUUGCGUACCCCAGAUUAAUGUGAUUGAUAGAAGAGUUUGUAGGAUAAAGUGCUAGGAAUACUGAAUUAGAAGAUUGUGUGUUUCCCUUUUACAUUCAAACUUGUGUAAGAACAAAAGAGACACAAUGGCAGGUUAGUUUUGUGUAUUAGAUGCUGGGUGUAUCCUAAGCUUUGUUGCCAGGGUGCUUUUUAGACUCCGCCUGUGAGUUUCAAUUUUUUAUGCAUUUGUAGACAUUUGGUGAUAUGUAUUUUUGUAUUUUUUUUUAGAUGAAAUAUAAUAAAUGAAUUAUCUUACCAAAGUUUUGAUUCAACAAUGAUUAAUAGUUAAGUGUCUCUCAGUAUUCUCCUCAUAUACCUGAUAUAUAAUCAUUUGCCCUCAAAGGUUAUUUUUAUUUCUAGAAUACUCAGUAAAAGGCUCUCUCCAGCUUUAACCCUUCUGGAUUUUCCUCCUCCUUUAGUGUGGACCAUGGUCAAAUAACUACUGCUUGCUCGAAAAUAAGGGGAGCUGAACAAAGUCACUCCAAUUUAGUUGUCUUUUUGGCCAGGUGACCUCUUAAGCUGGCCUAUUCAAAUUCUAGUGAUAUUAUGUGACUUUGAUUAUAAUGGGGAGACAAUAUCAACCAAGUUCCUCUCAAGUUCUUUAUUUUUACUUGACUUUGAUAAUGAGUAGAAAGGGCUUUGAAGAUUAAAAUGAGCUCACUUGAAGAUUGAAUUUGUUUCUCAGUUGGUACACAGGUGAUAAUGCACAAUAUCUCACACUCUCCGCCAGAGCUUGCCUGAAAUGUUUCCAACCAUUUGUCUCUCGGUAUCAAAAGCUCACAAGGCCUUUUUAUUUAAAAUAACUCUCUGAGUUCGUGUCAACAUUCAGUUAUAGGUCCUAUUUCCUUGUCAAAGAAUUUGGAGAUGACAGCACAGUGGAUAAGAAUUACUUCAAAUAGCCUGUAGCUUUUUAACUCAAGGCUUGGCUCUUUCAUACACCUGAUGGAGAUAAGCUGACUUUUAAAACCGCAAAAACAAAUCUGCAUCGCAUCUUGCGUAUGUUGAAUCUAGUGUGAGUAAUUUGUUAUGCGGAACUUCUGUUACACAAUGAGUACUAAGGGGUACUAGCGACAAGAGAUGUUGAGCAUGGCAAGAUAUCUCCUCCCACAACUUUCACUAAUCAAGUUUAUCUCUAAAAUGUUAUUAUUUGUUUUCUACCUGUUCUAGAAAGCCUUGCCUUUCUCACCCUCGACAACAACUCACUACCAGUAUUCAAUUAUUAACUUCAUCCAUGAUUGUAACUCUGACCAGUGACCAACAUAAGAUCAACACUCACUUCAUCAAAGCAACAUCAUUUUCCACGUUUUCCGACAUUCUAGUUUGCCUUUAAGAAAUAUACUUAUUAUCAUUGUGGUGAGGCGGCCAGAUGUAAGAUUAAUACUGUACACAGGAGAGGCAAACCAUGCUACAAAGAUUUUAAAUGUGAGCUAAUCUACAAACUCAACAAGCUCAGAGAAACAAGAAAUCUCUAGAUCUGUGAUAUAAUGACUCGAGCCCAAUAAGGACACUCUGGCAGAGCAGUGAUUUCUUGGGCUAGACAUGAUCUGCCAAGUAGAGAAUCUUUAAUUCCAGAACUUCUGAAAUGUGCCAGACUCUUUCCAAUGAAAAAGUUAAGUCUCUAGGAAUGUUUAACCAAGAGAUGGUUUUCUGAAAAUGCCACUUGCACAAACACUGGACUUGUUUCUAUUUCUGGUGCUCACCCAAGACGUUUCACAGAAAGCUCAUUUGUGUUUGAAUAAUAAUGAGGAUGUGGUGGUACUCACUGAUGGAGUUUUUAAGAGAUAUCUAUAAUGAUGAAAUUGAUUGUUUUGUCCUUGCUAUAAGACCUAGGAGUCCCUAUCAAUGAUGACUUUCUCUUGUUCCAAUCAUGGUGUUGCAGUGUGUGGAGGACUCUAAUGUAUGUAAUUAUUGGGUGGAAGGAAUCGCAAUGGUUCAGUGUGUUGUCUCAACCCCCAGAAAAUGAAUGGAGUGCACUUAACACUGAAUAUCACAGAAUGAAAUAAUUUCAUUUAAUUAAUUUACUUAAUUAUUAAGUGUCACAUCAUUUAAUGAAGAGCUCUAUUUAAUUGGUGGAGAGGAUUACUGACGUAAUGUUCAAGUUUCAAUUUAGUUCUUAAUGGAUGGAGACAAAUAAGGAGCAUUAAUGGAAUUUGCUUUUGCUGGACCCAAUGCGCUUUACCUGAACAGUGCAGAGUGUUUCAAUCCAUCAACGGGCCAAUGCGCUGAGAUCUCAAGUAUGCCUGGUAGAUUUGGUGACAUGACAGAUGUCAAUAUAAAAUCUUCCUGUGAAAUAUUUGAUCUAAGCAUCUAAAUGUGUAAACCUCAGGAUAACAAGAAAAAGACAAAAUUCGAAAGGUUGUAUAGGUUAAUGGAUGAGGAUCUUAAAAUUUUCUCUUCCGCGAAAGACUUUGGCGUCACUUUCUCGAAGGACUUGAAGUGGACUACACACAUUGCUCACAUGGUUGCAAAAUCUAAUAGAAUGCUGGGAUUCCUUAAAAAGGAACUACUCGGGUGACCUCAAUAAGGAGUCGUAUAUCUCCUUUGUGCGCUCUAACCUGUGCUAUACCUCACAGCUUUAGACGCCGCAGUCUCCUACGUUGAUGCUGGGAGUAGAAAAUAUCCAAAGGAGAGCUACACGUUUUAUCUGCAAGACCUCUGAAAUCCCUUACAGGGCUAAAAAUUGGCGGUCGCACGGUCGCCAGCGGCGAGUUAAAACUGACCAGGGCCACCAAAAGGUAAGGUUUGAACGCCCGAUGUGCGACUACGCUACAGACCUUUUCACAGUUCCCAGCGCCAUAUUGAAAAUGCAACCACGCACACGUGAGAACGAGGCUGCGGUUGACUCGUGUUAAAUCUCUGUGGGCGCUUUUGGUGAAGCUCAUACUUAGGCAGUAAAAUUGUUCGAUUUUUAAGGAAAAUGGAUGGUCCUAGCCGAAAUCUCGAUAAAGCUAAUUUUUCUCCCAAAAAGAAAGGAGAGUAGUGUGCCGCUUUUGGUUGUUCAAAUACAUUUUAUAGCCCCAAUGGUUUGCCUACGAGCUUUCACUUCUUCAAGUUUAUAUCAAUCAAUUUGAUGCUUCAAAUUGGAAAAAGAAAAAGUGAGUUUCACCAACUAAAAGAGUUCUCAACACAAAGAUGAACUGACACUAAAUUUUAUUAUUCACAAAAUUGUCCUCAUAAUAAGAAGUUUGAUAGGAGUCUUGCAAAAAAUAAUUUCUCAUACAAUCCGAUGGUCUGAAAGAUUCUCUUUCAAACAAAUCUUAUGGUAACUGUAACAGUAUAAAAUAAAGAUCUUGAUUUGGAUAUAUUUCUCAAUCUUUUAAGUAUCUCAAAAUUAUAUUAUCAUAACAUUGGUUAACACAAGGCAAUAAGAACUAGUAUAGCAAACCUUUGUGCCAGAAGGCCUCUGAGUGCUAAGAAUGGGAAUAUCAAUUCACUGAAUGUUUAUCACUGACAGAAACUUAAAUGUGUGUGAAGGACUAGCAUUGCCGAGAUCAGUAGCUGAGAGGAAGCAUUUCUGCUCUCUUCCUUUAGGCCUUAAAUACCCAAGAUCUGAUUGUUAAUUCUCCCUUCUAGUUGCUACACAUUUACUUGUAAAUAAGUUAUCAGAAUUUGAUGUAAGAUCAAGAUAACUUCUGCCUGAUAAGUUUCAGUAUUAUCAUUAUCUGUUUGCUGGAUAGUGUUUGGAUAUUAUAGGGAGAAGUUACAUGAAUCAGUCACUUUUGGGAGUUUUUAAAUUGUCUAAUAUUUUGGUCUGAUUCUUUCAAUGCUGUCUUGCCACCUAAUAAAUUACCAUGAGUGCAAACUCAAAUGGUUUUCAAUGUAUCACAAGCAUAAGUUGUCCUGGGCCAGAUGGGUUUCAAAAUAUUAUGACAUCUGUCAGUUACAGUUUCCCUCAUGGGUUGAUAGAAAGAAGGUUAUAAUCAAGUGGCUGUACAGGCUCUAUUGUAUAGUUUCCCAUAAGAUACAAUGUACAAAUGGCAAACUAAAAUACAUCUUGGUAAACAAAAUGGGAACAACUUUAACUGAAGAAUAUGGUACAACAACAAGUACCACAUCAACAACAGCAGCAAUAACAAAUCUCCUCUACCUAGAGGGCUGCAGCCUUUGCCUCGCUUUCUUAGGUAUACUGAACAACUUCUGUGGUACUUCCUGUGAUGCGUUCCUCUUAACACGAUGUGGCGAUAUUCUAGUGAAACAAGAAGGUAAUCGUAAAGCUGAAUGAAAUUAAUCUCAAGUAAAUUACGGAGAUCGCUCGACCAUCCAAGGGCUGAAAUCCUUACCACAGUUGCUUCGUAUUUGAAGUCGCUCUAGUUUUGUUCUAGGUCCUGGACAUCUGUAAGAAGUUCUUGGUUUUCUCUACUACUUGAUGGAAGGACGUAUCACAUCAGCAAAGCAUAAACUUUCGAUACAAGUCGGCUCUAAUUCCGCCCGUCGAUUUUGAAUUAGAUUUCCCUGAGAUCUUUUGCUUCGAGUUUCUGGAUGUCAUCUAAUGACGAAAUUUCCAUAUUGUUGUAUUAAAGAACCAUUUUGAAGGGAGAAAUCGCAUUGAAAAGUGCAUUAGAACGUGAAAUGUCAGCAGAUCAGCUGUUUGAAAGAACCGCCGGGUCAACCCAGCCUCGUUAUCGUGUGUGCACGGUUACUAAUCCAAUAUGGCGCCGGGAAGCAGAAAUUUUUUUUGGGAUCACUUUCUGAAGGAGCUUAGAAACCAGGCUCAACUCAGUAGCCAAGCCUACUGAAUUUGUGCCCAAGCCUUUUCUUGCUUGCGUGACCUUUUUUGUCACACUAGAGAAUACAAGGAACUUCGGCGAGUAGUAAACACAAGCUCAAAUUUUUAAAGCAGUAAAGAGGAAAACUUUUUGAGACUGAAAGGUAAGUAAGUAAGUUUUUUAGUGUUUUACAACCUAAAUUUAGUGUUUCCUAUUGUAAUUUUACAACGUACAGUAAAUUGUCAAAUCAAUAACUCGAAAAGCCUACAGCUAAAAUUUAACUCUUUAUUAAUAACCUUAUACUUUCUUGAUCUGAUAUCUCAUUUAGCGAUAACACCAGAAAUAAUUUGUUUUCGUGGUAUAUACUAUAUGUUUACCUAACUUGUUGAAGUACGUUGUCAUGAAAUAAUGCACUUAGCAACAAUUAAUCUGAUUACACAAAACUGAGUUAAUGUUUAAAUUGUUCCCUAGACUGCCUGGACUGCCUGGACAUCUGAGGCAACUGAUAAUGCAUUUUGGGAGUGGUAGGGAUGCUUACUUCAUAGUGGCUAUGGCUGUACCUGUCCUUUAAUUUGCCUUGUUGUUUGUAAUAAAUUUUCCUUGCAUUGUCUGUUAUUUUUUUUCAGGAAAUUUUAGUCUGCAAGAAGAAAAUUCUUUUACAGAAGAAUCCUUUUCCUGUAACGUUUACAACUGUUGCUUACGUUUACCAUAUUUCUGAUAUUUUUAUCAUAACAGAAUUUUUCACAAAAAUUAUUUGACAUUGAAUUCUUAUACAAAUACUGCAAGGUCAAGUCUGCCCACCAACCCAUCAAGGUGGUGUUGAAAACUGCAGUAAGGUCUAUUGAAUAUAGUUAAAGUACUGAAUUUCACUCCAUGACUUACUACUACAGAAUAUGGGGCUUUUUAUGAUUAGGUACCAAACGAAAAAAAAAAUGCUUUCUUGGCUCAUUUGCAUCAAGCCACCUAAUAUAAUUCACAAAGAUUAUUUGACAUUGGAUUCUCAUACAAAUACUGCAAGGUCAUGCCUACCCACCAACCCAUUAAGGUGGUGUUGAAAACUGCAGUAAGGUCUAUUGAAUAUAGUUAGAGUACUGAAUUUCACUUUAUGAGUUAUAAUUACAGAAUAUGGGGCUUUUUUAUGAUUAGGUAAAAAACAAAACAAAAAAAAAGCUUUCUUGGCUCAUUUGGAUCAAGCCACCUAAUAUAAUGCAAUCAAUGUCUUGUUUUCUGUAUCAUGAGUCAUUGUUCAGUUGGAAUUGAUAUUUAAAUCUUAAUUAUAAUCAUUUAAAUCCAACUGAAUGUAUUUCUUUCAUUACUUUUCCACUGACUGCCAAACCAGCGAGCCUUAAGGCAUUAAACUGUGAGGACUUUAAAAAAGGCCCUAUAUUGUUUACAUGUAGCUGCUUUGGGGGAGGGGAGUGGUAAAGUUUCAAAUUUGGUUAAGAGUAUGUAACACAAUAAUAAUAAUGAUAAUAAUGUUAAUAAUAAUAAUAAUAAUUCAUUUUUUCCAUCCUUUGUUGCAAACGCAUCUGACCCAGAGCCAUCAUUGGAACAUACCAGAAUAGCCUUUUUAUUAAUGGAAGGCCUCAGUGAUGCACAGAUAUGAUAUGAAAAUAAUUUUCUCUUGUGUGAGGCAUCAGUCAAUUUAGGAAUUACCAAGUGUAAAAUUUCAAGUCAAUAUGUUCCAGAAACUACUCAUUAUUGUAGAGGGUGGAGCAGGGAGGGGUGGAGGGGUCGAAAUUAUUAGGUUUGCGUACCGUUUUCACUCUUUGCACCCUGAGCACUCAGUCACGCACACUUCAGAUGGAUGCUCAACACAACAGCGUCAAAAAAUAAUCAAGCAAAUAACUAAGACGUGCAAAGCUUCCACGGUGAAUAUAAAUUUACCGCUAUAAACAGUGAAAAGGCCUUACAGAUUUUACACGUAGCUUCCUUGAAGGUACAACUUCCUAUGACGUUCUAACAAGAUUAUCAAGUUGUCAAAUACGUAUUUUCAUAUGAUUGAUACCAAUUGCUUUAUUAAGUCGAAAUAAGCUUAAUGUCAAGAAUAAAUAAGCGGAUUACUGCACUUACGACGAAUUUUGUGGUCCGUUAAAAAAAGUACUUGGUUCAAUUACGUAGUUCACCGAAAAGUUAAUUUUGUUUGCCUGCUAGGAUUUCUUUUAGCAUUGAAUACAUUUUCAAGACCUGUACUCAACGAGGUACACUUCUUGCGAUUGUUCUGCAAUCUAGCGAGUCCUUCGGAAAAACGUCACCGAGAGCAGAGCUAAGACACUAUUCAGAAGCAAGUAUUUUCUAGGUUUGAAAUUCCCUUCGGUUCCAUUUGACCGUGAGUAGAGUUUAGAAUUCACGAAGAAAGCGUAUUUUAGCCAAAGGCAGAAGAUUCGUAUUUGAACGGAGCGCAGCGAGAUAAGGUAAUAUUCUUUCACGCGAAAAUAAAAAAAAUAGGGUUAAUAGAUAACUUCCCAUUUGUUUUUUCUCGCGCAAGUAACAAAAAUGUUCCCUUCCCUGUCCCCAUCCAAUCGCACUUCAACCAGUCGGGGGAGGUGAGUAUAGAAUUGUUAACAAAUCAUCAGAAGGCUCGGUUACCUAAUUGAGCCUGGUGUCUAAGCUCCUUCAGAAAGUGAUCCCAAAAAAAAUUUCUGCCGCCGGGAACUGCAAAAAGGUUGAAAAUAACAAUGUAAAUUAUGUGACUUACAAAGUUAAAAAUAAAACUCAAUAUAUAGUUUAAUUGGACUACCCUUCUCUUCUCUUUCUUUGCCUGGACUGUAAGGUUAUCUGUUUUGGUGAAUUUUUAGUUCUGAAGUGGAAAUUCCGAGCCGUUUUAACAGUGAUUUCACGAGCGAUCCCCAUUCACAACAACUACCGACUAAAUACAGGAAUGGCUCCGACCUGUAAUUGGAUGAUAAAAAUAGUAAAAGUUAAUAAGUUACAUCUUAGCUCUUUGCUCGUGAGUAUUCUUAACCACAUGUCUCGAAGCGGAACAAUGAAAUAUCAAUGCGAGUGAAAACACCGAUGUGUCAAACAAGAAAUGGUUACUUACGUAGCGAAGGGAAGGCAACCUUUCUUGUUCAGCGAGAUCGUUCAGCGAUAUUCCGGUGAUCAAAAAGUAAUCGGCUGACAAGCUUCGUUGACAAAACUCAUGUAGUCAGUUUGGACGGAAGCAGGAGCCAUUACUUAUGAUGGGCUCCUGGCGGAAGACCAGAGACUGGGAGCCACGGUUUUAACUGAAAAUUUUCAAAUUUGAAAAAUUGAAGAGGUUUUUAACAGAUGAUGCCUGGAAAGCAGUUGGCAAAUGAGGUUAGGAUGGCUCGUGUACUUUACAGAAAAUGUGGUUUAUGUUCUACUCAUUCUUUCUUAAAUUUAAGUGGUAUAAAUACCUUGUUUAAAACUGUAGUGUGAUACAAUAGCAAACGAGAUAAACUCGUUCCAAUACAGCGUCAUGUGAUGAACAGCCUUCAUUAAUUUUAGAACAAGUUUUAUAAAAUCAUUUUACUCUUUCUUGUUAUAGCCGAAAACUGUUCGAAGAUUGCUUGUGCCAUCACUGCAAAAAGUCAAGAUACUUGACAUGAUUCAGUGCAAGAGUUACUACCACCGGUUUGACUGGUAAGACAUUUUUUUCUGUUUGUUUCGUUUUUUUCCUUUUUUAGGUCUAGUGGAGUUGUUGGAAAUUACCAGGCAAAAUUAAUCCGCGACUUUCUUCCUUUAGGUUUUGUGCAAAAUGAAGAUGAAGAUGAAGAGCCUGAUGAAUGGAUUUUUCCUUCAUGCGAAAAAUUACCUAGAAAAUCAGUUUUCCACGAAAAAACUCCCUCGAUUGCGGCCGAACCAUAUUUCUCCAACAGAGCAUUCUGUAAAUUAAAACCUCGGUCGCAGCGUCAUUUUGCGUGAUUUUCCAAACGUGACAUGCAGUUUGGCCCUGAAGUAGUAAAAGAGGGCUUCAUUUGCAAGCACUGUAGACUUCCACAUAAGAAGAACCUAAUAAAUCGCUCUUUCACUUUUUAUCUCAGUGUAUAAAUUAUUUAACCGGAACGAAAAAAAUUAAUAUACGCAUGAGAUGGAGCUAUUCCUUUCCGCGGUGAAAUACAGGAAUGGCUCCAGUCUCUGGUCGUCCACCUGAACUGAUUAAAUGAGUUUUGUCAGCAGAACUUGGCAGCGGAUGACUUUUUCAUCGCCGGAAUAUCGCUGAACGACCUCGCUGAAAAAGAUAGACUCUGCCUUCUCUUCGUUAUGGAAGUAGCCAUUUCUUGUUUGACACAUCGGUGUUUUCAUAUUGAUAUUUCAUUGUUCCUCUUUGAGACAUGCGGUUAACAAUACUCACGAGCAAGGAGUUAAGAUAUAACUUAUUAACUGUUACUAUUUUUAUCAUCCAAUCACAGGUCCGAGCCAUUCCUGUAUUUAGUCGCUAGUUUCACAAUAUAUAGACGCUUUUUGAUUUUAUGAUUGCCACGUGACUCUGGGCUGACCCAGAGUUCCGUGCGGGAUGGUUUUGAAGCGCACAUUUUCGCUUUGUGAAAAGACUUUACACCAAGAUUUGAAUAUGGAUUUGGGACAAAAAUGUGGAGAUUCCUCCCCAGUUGUGAGCCGCCGCUGCCAAAAAAAGUGAUAAGUAAGGAAGAUGUCUCCGAAAGUACCAAAAAUUACAAAACCCAUCUUUUUCUACAAUGAUUUUUACAACAAGUACAAAUAAAUUCUUGCAGUUUACUUUAUUUACUUAAAUAAAUAAAAACACUCAACACCUCUAAUAAUUUCAUAGUGCCAAAUGAAUGGCCGAAAUGUUAAAGAAAAAUGUCUCAUGGCAUUACUGGGGGCAUUGCCUUUUUGUGUUCUUUCCUUUUAGUUAACGCUCCGUUAAAAGCCAUUUGGCGUUUAUUCAUGUUUUUUAUUUUCAACUAGAGGAAAUCGAGGGCUACUUCAUUUUGGGAUGGGCCACCAAGAAUUCAAGGAAACUGGCCCGACUGGCCACCAAGCACUGGAGUUAAUUUUUAGCUCUGCCUUACAAGGAGAGACUCUUGAACCUUAACCUCCUACCUAUCAACUACUGGCUUGAAUAUCUUGAUUUAUUUAUUCUCUAUAAGUGUAUUUACGGAAUUAUUGAUAUCAAUUUAGAUAGCUUUGCUCAAUUUUGUAGUGGGCGUUCCCGUCGGGGAUCUUCUGGGCUUUUUCUCAACAACAAAACCGCUAAAAUAUCUCUUUUCCGUGAUUCCUUCUUCAUCCGAAUAACUAAUCUGUGGAAUACAUUACCUAUCGAUAAGAUCGGAGGUAAAGUUAGUUCCUUUUAAGAAAAAGUUAAAAUCGUUUUUUUAUAAUAGACUAAGUUCAGUGUUCAAUCGUGAUGAUAUUCGUUCCUAUAGGUUAGUUUGUCCGAAGUGCCGCCGUGCCAACAGCAACACAUUGUUCUUGUUAAUUUCUCAAUAUUUUUCUUUUUUGUUUUCAUUAUUAUUUUUAUUAAGGUUCCAGAGAAUGGGUUGCCAAUUUUUUAGGGAAAUGGUUAAGUGGUGGGUUUACCCAGCAAGGGACCUAGGGUUCUAUUGUAUGCCCACCUACCUCAGGGCGAAUUUUAUAAAUAAAUACGUAAAUAAAUAAAAUAAAUAAAUAAAGCACAAACCAGUGGAGCCUGGUACCUAGUCUAAGUAUUCCUCUGGCUGCAAGUGGUAUUUUG